AUGUCUGCUGUUGACUCAGAUCACAUUUUCGUCCGUCAGAUCUCGCCGGACGAGACUAUCGCACUCCGCCACGCAGUACUAUGGCCGAACCAUCCUGUGUCCCACGUUCUACUGCCCGAGGAUUGCCGUGGAUCUCACUACGGGGCGUUCCUCCCACAUAAUGACGCACCAGUCGCCAUCAUCUCUGUGUUCAAAGAGUCUCUGCCUAUCGACAUGUCUCAAGAAGACGCACAAGACGAGGUGAACUCUGCCGCCGCAGCACGUUUCCGCAAGUUCGCUUGUGAUCCGUCCUACCAAGGACGUGGUAUCGGCACGAAGCUACUGAGCCACGUCUUUGAAGCGGCCGUUCAUGAACUCGGGUGCGACGUCAUUUGGUGCGAUGCGCGGCUGGUCACGGCGGAGUGGUACGAACGGAAAGGAAUGUCCCGCUUCGGAGACGGGUUCUACAAGGAGGACGUACCAUACAUACGUAUGCAGGCGUCUCUAAAACCAUAA